AUGUCGUUUUGCCCGAAUACUCCGUUGGCCAAGGAAUCUGAAGAAGGUGGAACCACCACCGAAGGCUCCGGAGCCUCCGCAGCCGCAGAGACCUUCACCUCCGAAACAGCGGACGAACUCGCGAAGUCGAAGUACCACAAAGCCGAAGGAGGGAAAGAAACGCAGCCGCAGCAAAAGUGGCAAGAACGGCGAACGACCGAAAAGAGUCCCGAAAAAGAGACUAAGAAGCGCGCCGCUUCCAAGGGCCGCCGGUCCCGGUCCCGGAAGUCGCGGCGCCGGUCCCGGUCCCGGAAGUCGCGGCGCCGGUCCCGGUCCCGGAAGUCGCGGCGUCGGUCCCGGUCUCGGUCGCAGAGGCGGAGGUCCAGGAGUCCCAGCGAUAAAAAGAGAGCCAGGCAUGAAGCUGCUCCGGCACAAAGUGGCCGCGAGGGUGCGGCGCCUGCUUCGAUGCCUGCUGCACUUGCCUCGAACUUGGCGCCCAUGCGAACAGAGCAGAAGGGCAAGGGUGGUGGCAAGGGCAAUAAAGGCCGCAACUUUCAGAUUUCGAAGGCCCUGGCGCGAAUCCUGCGCCACACGGCACAAAGCUUGGGACUCCAAAUCCGGGCUGAUGGCUUCUGCCAGCUGCAGGACAUUUUGGCGCUGAAUGAAUUCACCACCAUGGGUGCGACAGCGGAAGACGUUCAGGUGGCGGUGCAAAGCAACGACAAGAAACGCUUUGAGACGAAGAUAGAAGCCGACAAGGUGUUGAUCCGAGCGGUUCAAGGACAUUCCAUGAAGACCGUGGAUGACAACAGCCUUUUGAAGCGCUUGAAUGCCGACGACCCACACCUUCCCAAGGUCUGUGUGCAUGGCACUUACAGGCGAAAUGUGGACUCCAUCCAGAGGAACGGUCUCCUGGUGGGUGGCGGCGUGUCGCAGCGCAAUCACGUGCACUUCGCGCCCUACGAGCCACACGAUGGGCGUGUGAUCUCUGGGAUGCGCUACAACUGCGAGGUGGCCAUCUACAUCGAUUUGCCCACGGCCAUUCGGGAGGGCGUGCCCUUCUUCCAGAGUGCCAACGAGGUGAUCUUGUCGCCCGGGAUCAAUGGAACGGUCCCCGCGAAGUACAUCUCGAAGCUUGUGCGGGGUUUGGCAGUGCGGAAAAAGGUUUCGAGUUUGAUUCUGGGAGAGUGUGCUGGCAAAGCAGUGAAAGAAGCUGAGGAAAGACAGGCACGAAGGAAGAAAAUGUGGUGGAAGGGCGUGAAGGAGGCGCGAGAAAGUCUGAAGAGGGACGUGCAGCAGGAAAUGACCACGGCGUGGAACGCGGUCCACCGCUUUCAAGACAACCAAAAGCAGUUGGGUCGUCAGCAGGCAGAGAAAUGGAAGGCCAAAUUAGAGGCCACCCGGCACGCCAGCGCCAACCAGCGAAAGGAGGACGGAGAGAUCUGGGUCCAAAAGUUUACGGAGGUGAAACAGGAGGAGCUAGGCCGACGCUUCGCGGAGAAGUGGCGCGAGUUCCGCGCAGAGAACGGGCAGGUUGAGCAACGACAGGUCGUGAGCCCCGAGAAGAUCAACGAGGAGAUCGAGGAGCUCUUACGGCGGCAAGAUGAACGGAUCUCUGAACGUUGGUCUGAGCUGUACAAAGACAUGAUGAAAUCGGUUCAGAGGUCCAUGAACAACGAACCGAAGCAUUGGAAAGAUCGAUUCAGGGCCGCCAUGAUCCAGCUUGGCAGGGGUGGUGAACACGUUCAGAGGAGGUGGAUGGCCUUGUUUCAGGACACCAUGAAGGACAUGGGGGAGCAGGAGAUGAACAAGGUCUCUCAAUGGGUGUCCGACUUCAAAACCAAACCGCCGUGGAGUGACAAGGAACUGGCGAAGCGAGCCAAACUGGUUGAGGUCAGUGGGAGGUUAAAACCCUUGGAUCUUCACAGUCAGCAACGCAUCUUAAAGACCAUCGACCAGUGUCACAAGGCAGAGAUUCAGCGCUUGAAAUGGAAGGCCUGGAAUCGAGGGCAGUGGGUGAAGAAGUUUCGGCAGGAGCAGGAUCGACUUUGGAAGAGCCAGCAGGACUCCGAAAUGUGGGGGGAACCCUAG